GUCGUAGUCAGUUCACAAUGAAAUCUUGGUUAAGUCGGACGUUACAAUACUUUGGUGUGUUAUUUAUCGUUUAUGUUUAAGGAAUAAACAUCAUGGAGUUUUUUGUGACUUUGGCAAACUCGACAGUAGUGGAUAUUGUUGUCCAUCCCAAGGGGAAGGGACAAGAUUGCAUGGACAAAAUCUGCAAUGUACUCGGUAUCAUAGAACAGGACUAUUUUGGUCUCCUGUACAAGGGCAGUAAAGGAGAGAACCUGUGGUUGAAUUUAAGAAAUCGCCUGGACCGACAGUUGUUUGGGCAGCCACCAUAUAGACUGCAGUUCCGUAUAAAGUUUUUUGUUGAGCCACACAAUUUGCUGACUCCCAGCUCACGUCAGCAGUUUUACGAACAAGUGAAAUCUGAACUAGAAUCACAGAAACUGACGAUCGAGCCAGGCGAACAUGUGAAAGAACUGGUGGCCUUGAUCUCACAAGUUGAGUAUGGCAAGUUUGACAGAAGGACCAACCAGAUGAACUUGUACAAAUCAUUGUUGACUAGUAUAGCAAAACAUGUAGAGCCAACCCCUGAACUAGUUGACAGUAUUAUUGAAUGUCAUAAAGAUCUAAGAGAUCUGAGUAAAGACUCGGCACUGACCCAAGUUCUCCAGUUGGCAGAAGAAAUGCCGAAUUAUGGCACGGAAUUUUACGAGGCAACCUCUGCUGAUUCUGAUGUGAACCAUGUUGGAAUCUCACCCAGUGGAGUGUGCUUGCUAAACUCUAACAUGGACUUGAUAGAAAGAAUCCUCUACCCCAUGAUACUGAAGGCAGAGCACCAUGGUAGAGUUGUAGUGCUGAAAGUCGUGAAUGACAACGGCACAUUUCGAGACCUCGAGUUCCGUCUCAUAUCACAUCCGUCAGCUAACUCCAUGUAUCGGUGUAUCACUGAGAUGCACUCGUUUUUCUUCUGUGAUACAGUACAGCCUGAGGUGUCCACCCAGUUUUGCAGAGACUUUAAAGGGACGCUGGCCUCAUUGUUUAAUGAAAAGACUAAAUUAGGUCUGGAUUAUGUCUUUGACAUCAAGCGCACCCUGAGAGAGGCCCUAGACCAUACAAGGAGGGUCAUGUUUAAGGCAAACUUGAACACACCCUCUGGAGAUGCUUGCCCUUCACCCAAGCGGGAAAACUCGGACUGCGAAUUCGAGCAGUUGAAUGUAGAGAAGCGAUGUCAGGUUCUGGAAGAGACAAUAGAGCGUAUCAGUGAGACAUACCGAUGCUGUGUGUGUCGCGACAACGAACUGUCAGCUGUUCUCAUUCCCUGCGGACACCCAACCUGUCUGGACUGUGGCAAGCAACUUUCAUUAUGCCCACUGUGUCGAGCAAAGAUAGAGAAUGUACAGCAAUUGUUUUUACCUGCCAUCAAUUGUCGGGGUGCGACAGGAACAAGUAGCAUCUCGCUGAAAACUGGCAACAACACCUCCAAGCACAGACAUUGUCAUAAACGGAAACGUGAAGCCGACAUCGACAAUACUGAGUUGACUCCUCAAUGAUAGGGGAGGUAACUCUAGUUUACAAGGCCGGACAACAAAUAUGUGCUUUAUAUUCCAAGUGUUGCCAUGAGUGUGUUGAAAACUUAAAACUGUGGCGUGGAAAUUUUAUUCCAUACUCGACUACCCUAAAAAACAUCUUUUUUGUAGUCACAGAUUUAGAGAGAAGUGUAGUUCAUGUAUAUAUGUACAAGUGUGAUGGUUUUCAUGUUGGUCUCAUUUUAGUAUUGUAUUAGUUCUAUUUUUAAUGUAGAUGUAGUUGAUGUGUAAAUAAUAAUGUAUUUGUGCCUCUAGUAGACACACAUGGUAACAGAUACCUUUCUUAUGCUCCCUAGGCUUAAUUUUGCGGGGAAAUUCAUUUUCACUUUUGUAAUAUUGUAGUUCAAUUAUUUUUAUGAAUAAUAACACAGGUUAGGGAAGAAUGUUUUACAAUUUAACUUUUUCAAAAGAAUCAUGUUUUUUUUCGAGCCAUAUUAAUGCACAGACAGAAUGAUGCCAUUAUUCUGUGUUACAGCUUUAUUGUAUCAACGAGGGAAUAAAGCUACAUGUAAGUGUCAGCCAUAAGGGUUUUUUUUGACCAAACAUGUACAAGGAGUGGAUAAUUGAUGGAGUCUCACUUGGAAAACUGGACUGAAUGUAUGUGUAUGAAUUGUCAUUUCAGAUUAGCCUAUGCAGUUCAGCAUAGGCUAACAAGGGACAAUACUUUCCGCCUGAAUUGGAUUUUUGUUUAAAGUAAACUUCCUUUUAACAAAAAAUUCAAUAAAAGCCAAAAGUGUUGUACCAGAUAAGCCUUAACCCUUUGCAUGCUGGGAAAUUUGUUGUCUGUUAAAAUGUCUUCUGCUGUAUUUCUAAAAUAAUCAUUUUCUUUGAAUUUUUUCAAAGAAUACUAUCAGAAUAGCAAACAGUUUGGAUCCAGAUGAGACGCCACGUUCUGUGGCGUCUCAUCUGGAUCCAAACUGUUUGCAAAGGCCUUCAAAAUUCGGUUCCAGCACUUAAAGGGUUAACAACACAUACACACAGUCCAGUUUUCAAGUGCGAGACUACAAUGAUAUGUUUGCCCAUUUAAGACGAGAUGAGGAUCUUCAUUUUGGGGGUUUAUCUGUACAAAUCAUUCCAUUCUUAAAACAGGGUCUUUACAUGUAUGUACAUAAUUUAAAUUUUAUUUCAUACUGGCAAAAAUGUUUUUGUUGUUAAACCGCAAAUACACCUUUAUUUAUUUAUUCCGUAUUGUGUUUUUAAACGUUUAUAGUUUUUGUGCAAUAGGUUCACUUUUGUGUUAGCGUUUCCUUCUGUAAUUUUAGUCCCUUUAUAUAUCACAUACAUGUGUUGUAUAAUGUUUAAUAGUUCUAUGACUUGUGUUCACAUGUCAGACAUUUAUGACAUUACAUGAAGUAAAAUCAUAUAAAUCAUAUACAUGUACCAAGAUUCAUCAACUUUUUUAAAAAACUUUUAAUUUCAGAAGUUAUUCUGUUUUGAAUUGUCUUUUGUUCUCUGAUAUUAUUUAAAUAUUUUAACAUUAUAUUUAUUUUGUGUAAAUACAUAUGCAUUUUAAUGUACGUUGAACGUAUAUUUGAGCCGCAGUUUGGGAAAUGGGUCUUAAUGCAUGUGGAUAAAGUGUCAUUCUAGAUAAGUCUGUGCAGUCUACACAGGCUUAUCAAGGACGACACCUUCCACUAAAAACUUUUCGUGAAAAGGAAGUCUCUACUUUUUAAAAUUCAGUUUAGCUGGAAAGUGUCAUCCUUGUGGAUUGCACAGGCUUAUCUGGUUCAAGCACUUGCAUUAAGCCCCAUUUUUUGAAGAGCAAUCCUCAUAUACAAUAUAAAUUUCCAUGUACUUUGCAGUUAUUUGUUGGUGUUAGGUGUAAAUAUAGUGAUGUUUGUUGUUGUGUAUCGGUACACACUGUGAUUUCUGGUGCUAUGUGAAACAAGUAGAUGUUACAAGUUGAUUAUUUCCUUGUGAUUAUAAACUGUGGUACUUUAGUAAGGUCUUACGCAAAUAUACAAUGAACAAUGAUGUUUUUGCAAAUAAAUGAUAAUUGACAUUAACAUGUUUUAUAGAUGACAAAAAUGUGUAGAUUAGCACAUGUUUUAAUCUUUUCUGAAAUGUUCAUUUAAGUGGAAUUUUUCAUCCGACUGUUUUUAAGAAGAAUGUAAUGAAUACCCAUAAACAUGUUUUAGAAAUAGUAUUGAAUGCCAUUAGACUUGUUUUUAUAAGGACUUAUUGAAGACUGUUUUCAAAAUCAGCAGCACAAAAGCUUGUCACAAUAACGGGAAUUACAUAUCUAACAUUAAGGGCAGAGUGUAAAAAAUAAGUCAAGAAGAAGCACACUGAUUUUCUUGAAUAAUAUUUUUUUAAGAUUGUUCAUGGGUCUGGUUAAUUGUUGUUCUCUAAAAUAAAUUAAAAUCAAAAUAUUUUGUGUGAUAUGAGAAGUAUUUUGGAUGUAGUAUAAUUUCAUUUGACGAGAUUUAACUAUGCAUUGAUUAUUUAGUUCUUUUUGACAGAACAGAUCCUAAUUUGUUGGCAAGAACUUAAAUGUUCACAGAUUGGAUUAAGUUCCAUAUUUGUAAAAUAACAGGUUAAAAAGAUACCUUCCUAUUUGUGAAAUAAUGUUAUGCUGAAAUGAAAUAUGUUAAUUACCAGUAGAUCUGAUUGCUAAUGUAUUUGAUGCAUAAACCUUGCACAUUUCCUUUGACUUUCUGCAAUUUGUGGUACUCAUCAUUUAAGGACCUUUGCACAACUUGAUAAAAUGAACAUUUUUGUAUAUUUUUUCAUCAGUUUAUCUUAAAUCUGAUUUUAUAUUACCAGUUGCAUAUAAGCCUAGCUCUUGGUAAACAGUGCUUGAGCAGUCUAAUCAGGGACAGAACUUUCCAUCUUAAUUGGUAUUUUAAUAAGAAGGGUGAUGGGUCACUUCCUUUAAAGAAAAAUUCCAUAAAAGCUGAACGUUUAGCCUUUGCGGAUUGCACAUGCAUAUCUGGGACAACACUUUACGCACAUGCAUUAAGCCCUGUUUUCCCAGACCAUGGCUCAAACAUUUUAUGGGGAUUGUGGUUUGCCUUAGUCUGGCAACUAUACUUUGUUUACAUGAUUAGGUUACAUUUAAGUCUUAAUGCUACAUUAUUAGGUUACACUAUAGUCCCAUUUCUAAUAGUGUAAACUAACCUUACUCCCUAUCUCUCCUUUACACUCCUUCUGACAAUAUUGUUCGGGUGUGUUUUGUGCAAUAUAUUUUAUCCUUUUAAAACAGUGUUGUAUUGAAACAUUGAAAGAAAAUGGCGACUUCGCAGUUUUGUUCCUCUGAAACUUACAAAGCUUUAAUGUUAACUUUUUUUCUAACAAUUCCUUCUCUUGAGCACCUGGGCAAAUAUAAAUAUUAUUUCUUAGAAAUGACCCAAAAGGGCCGUUUUUUUUCCAAAAAUCUUCAAAGAUUAAAAAAUAUAUCAUAUUUGUUUCAUUAAGAGUAAAAACAUUGAGGAAAACUAUAAAUAAUAAUUACAUCCCAAAAGCUGCAAAUAACACUUAAGUUCCAACAUGUCUCAAGGGCCUUUGGGUCCGCAUGUGUAAUAUUUUACAUUAUCUUCGAGACGCAUUGUUGGUUUGAAUUUAAAUAAAUUAUUCUUAAUAUGCUAAUGCCAUUCAAGAUCGCUCUUUGUUAGUAUAUAUCCAUAUAUCAUACUUUUAUAGUUGCACUGUUUUGUGAAACUGGUUGUACAUGUAGGAUAUUAUCACAGAACCAGUCGGUCAAGGUAAACGUUAAAUAAUAAUGUGAAUGUUCUAUUUAUGUUACUGUAUGUUAUUUUAACUUAUAGCAUAUAUUUUUUCCUAUAUCACAGUUAUAUUUCUGCAUAUCUGUAUAGUAUUUUGUAAUUGCAAAAUGACCAGCCCUGUUUUUAUGACUUAAAGUACAAAGAUGCAUAACAAAAAAGUAUGGAAUAUGAGACUAGUAUGGAAAAAACGGGGUUUAUUGCAUUUGCCUAAAUGAUGUUAUCAGAUAAGCCAGUGCAGUCACCAAAGGCUUAUCAGGGAGGACGCUUUAGCCAUGACUGGAUUUUCUUAUAGGAGAGAUAUAGUUUAGACGUUAAUAAAAAGCAAGCAGGUCUGGGAUGACUCUUUAGGCACAUGCAUUAAGUCUGGUUUUCCAAGAGCGAUGAUCAUAUCUUUAUAUAUUAGUUUAAUGUGACUAAGAUUUUGUUUACAAGUAUUUUGAAAACUGCCGUGAUUGGGCAGUGAUUUUUUAGGUACUGGGCCAAAUACCUCGUUUUGUAUACAAGCAGUAGUCAGAUCUGGUAUCUGUGACCACUUGACCUUUUAUUUCAUUUUGUUUAUCAUGAUGUGCAAAUGAUUUAUUUUGUGAAAAUAAAAGAAAGGAAAGACAUAAA